AAUGCCCGGGAAGAGCCCGUCGGGCCUGGGCAAGCAGCGCCGGCUCCUGGGGCUGCUGCUGGUGGUAGCCGCCGUCCACCUGCUCGCGUGCCCCUACACCAAGGUGGAGGAGAGCUUCAACCUGCAGGCCGUGCACGACCUGCUCUACCACCGGCUGGAUGUGGAGAAGUUUGACCAUCUCGAGUUCCCUGGCGUGGUCCCCAGGACGUUCCUUGGGCCGCUGGUGAUCGCGGCACUCUCCAGCCCCGCCGUUUACGUGCUUUCGCUCUUGGAAGUGUCCAAGUUCUAUUCUCAGCUAGUAGUCAGGGCCGUCCUCGGACUUGGCGUGAUCUUUGGACUCUGGACCUUACAAAAGGAAGUGAGGCGGCAGUUUGGGGCCGCGGUGGCCACCCUGUUCUGCUGCGUGACGGCCUCGCAGUUCCACCUGAUGUUCUACUGCACGCGGACGCUCCCCAACGUGCUCGCCCUGGCGGUGGUCCUGCCGGCGCUCGCAGCCUGGCUGCAGCAGAGGUGGACGCGCUUCAUCCGGCUCUCGGCCUUCGCCAUCCUGGUCUUCAGAGCCGAGCUGAGCCUGCUCCUGGGCCUGGCGCUGCUGGCGCCGCUCUGCCUGCGGAAGGUCUCGGUGGCCAGGGCCCUGCGCUGCGCCGUGCCGGCGGGGGUGCUCUGCCUAGGACUGACGGUGGCCGUGGACUCCUAUUUUUGGCGCUACCUCGUGUGGCCAGAAGGAGAGGUGCUCUGGUACAACACCGUCCUGAACAAAAGUUCCAACUGGGGUACCUCGCCACUGCUCUGGUACUUCUACUCAGCCCUGCCUCGUGGCCUGGGCUGCAGCCUGCUCUUUGUGCCCCUGGGCGCCGUGGACAGAAGGGCCCUGGCGCUGCUCCUGCCAGCGCUGGGCUUUGUGGCUCUGUACUCACUUCUCCCGCACAAGGAGCUGCGCUUCAUCAUCUAUGCCUUCCCCCUGCUCAAUGUGGUGGCCGCCAGGGGCUGUGCCCGUGUGCUGAAUAAUUAUAAGAAGUCCUGGCUGUAUAAAGUGGGGUCCCUCCUUGUGAUAGGACACCUCGUGGUGAACGCCACAUACUCGGCCACAGGCUUGUACGUGUCCCACUUCAACUACCCUGGCGGCGUGGCGAUGCAGAGGCUGCACGAGCUGGUGCCCCCCCGCACAGAUGUCGUUGUGCACAUCGACGUGGCCGCUGCCCAGACAGGUGUGUCCCGGUUUUUGGAAGUCAACAGUGCCUGGAGGUACGAGAAGAGAGAGGACGUGCAGCCCGGCUCCGAGCGCAUGCUGGCCUACACGCACCUCCUCGCGGAGGCUGCCCCCGGGCAGCUGGCCCCCUACCGGGACACGCACCGGGUGCUGGCCAGCGUCCCAGGCACAACCGGGCUGAGCCUGAACCUGAGCCGGCUGCCCCCCUUUGACGUGAACCUGCAGACCAAGCUGGUUCUUCUGGAGAGACUUCUCGAGCCUUCCUGAGGAGGAGGAGCCAGAGGCCCUCCAGGAACGUCGGGCAUUCCGACAGAAGGGGACGAGUCGGGAAACGGGAAACAGGAAA